AUGGCGGGUCCCAACGGCCACGGCCCCAUGCCUGUCCCAGGCGGACCGCAUGCCCGCAUGGGCAACGGCCACGGGCAUGGAGCAAACAUGCGCGAGAUGGGCUUCGGCGGUCCGCGCAGCCCGCCCAACAACAAGAGUACCUCCCACGUGCCGUGCAAAUUCUAUCGCCAGGGUGCCUGCCAGGCCGGCAAAGCCUGCCCGUUCCUGCACUCAGACGAGCCGCUCGCGGAGCGCGCGCCGUGCAAAUACUUCACAAAAGGAAACUGCAAGUUUGGCCCGAAAUGCGCCCUCGCCCACAUCCUCCCGAAUGGGCACAUCGUCAAUCGCAACAACGUCAUGGGCGGCGGGGGCCCCUUCGGCCGCAUGAACAUCCCACACCAUCCCGAUCCGGCCCCGAAUAGCUCGCUCCUCACAAUGCAGGCGCACAUGGCGCCCAUGCAACCUGGCUACCCUUAUCAGAUGCAGGACGAGUACUUGCCUGGCCAGAAGUCGCAGUACGACAUGAUACCUACCAUCGACACCACCUUCUCUUCGCACCCGGGCUCGCAGUACGGGUCGCCGCCAAACGAGAACGGCCGUCUACCAAUAUCUCCAGUGCAGAAGGGGCUGAGCGUUAUGGACGUGCAGCUGCCGGCCUCGUUCGAUAGCCAGGGCAUCUCGCAUAUGGCACGGUAUGGUCCGAUCGCGUCCUCUGUGCCAGCCAAGUUUCUCGCGAACUCUCCCCCGUCUUCGUUCCAUGGCGACUCACCUGCGCUGCGGAACCUGCACGACUCUGCGUUUGGCGAUAGAUCCCACAGUAGAGCUGCCGCGCUGGGCUCGUCUCCGCCUGAGUCAAUCGAGCAACCCGUAGGACGGAGAAUCAUGCAUUCUGAGAUGGGUGCCCAUCGGUCAAAGGGCAUGUUGUCCGCGAGUGUUGGUGCGCGUCCGCCGCUCGCAGUCCACGAUGACUGGGACGAAUCGGAGCUGAUCGGAAAAUUCGAAGAGGAUCUGCUACCGAGCUCGCUCAAUGACCUGCUAACACCACAGGAAAAGAUGCGCCGAUUCUCUCGCGAUCAGACUGACAACGAAGGCAACUCGCUUUCUCAUCGAGCUUCGCUGUCCAGGCUAGGAGCCUCGCCAACUGCGUCAGAUCUCAAGGUCGGUUCGCCUUCAGCCGCUACCUCCUCUCCAUCUCGAUUCCAGUCACUGUGGGGCAAGCCGCGCCCUCAGGAUACGGGAUUCGAAUCUGGCUCGCUACCUGGACAAUCUGCGUUCGGUCACGUUGGCUCGCCUCUUCGCAACUCGACCCUCCAUCCAGGCGCAAGCCCGUCUCUGCGCGCUGUUAAUCGUCCCACACCCAACAUCGAGAGCCCAUUUGUUUCAUCGCCACCUCGCCAGGCCUCCAUGAGCAUGAUCAGCCAGCAGCUGCAGCGAACGCGACUCUCGUCCCGAGCAUCCGAAGAAGGUGGGCUCCCCAGCAACCCCAUGCAUCCUGGAAUGAAUCGUGUUACCUCCGCAUCCAGCAUUGGAAGUUCCAGCAGCCGCCUCGGUAUGGAUCGGGCUGUCAGCAGCAGCAGUAUCAACCGCGAGAGGAUCGAGGAAGAGCAGGGCCUGUUCAGCAUGGAAGAGGAGGACGAUAUCAAUGCGAAGAGCAAGGACGGCGCCUCGACCACGUCAAGCACGAGCAACAAGCGGCUGAGUGGCUUGUCCUGGGGUAGCGGUGGAAAAGCGAGCCCGAGUCUCGCUCCCAUCGGCGGUCAUCGGUCUGGGAAGUUCUAG